AUGCAAGGAGGCUAUAUGCCAGGAUUUCAUAGAGUGAAAAUCGCUCAACAAGUACGCAAAACUCACUUCACCUUGGGCGAAGAAGGUGUGGCUUAUACUACAGCUCAUUCAGCUAAUUUCAAGCCAGUAUCAGCCCCAAGUCCACAGGAUGAAGGAGCUAAUAACAAAAAGUUACGUACAUCAAAUCUUAAUUUAGGGGCUGGCCAAAAUCCAUCUAAUUUCAAGUCAGAGUUUACAUCUCAGUAUCGAGCUCAUUCUUUGGAGCCUAAGCAUGGCCUUAAAGAUUCAUUUGAUAUGAGAGCUCACAAUAUUAUCUUACUCUUUAUCUUUAAAAAUCUCUUUUAGCCUUCAAUAUUGAUUUUUAUAAAAAAUAAUUUCCUUAUAAAAUCCGUAUUGAUUAAUUUUAAAAUUUUUUAUCUUUUAAGUUAUUUUUGAUAAAAGGUUAGGAAAACAAGAAGUCAGUUAUUCAACAACUGCUAAUGUAGCAUUUGAUGAUAAGUGUGGAUUGUCACACAAACAAGAAACUACUGGGAUAAGUAGCAACAAAGCAAAUCUACGCAAACAUCAUUUCAAUUUAGGAGAUGAUCCUAAUGCAAGUUUUUCAGUUAUGAAAUCUGACUAUGGCCAAAAGCAAUCCGAAAGCUUCAACGCAGGAAUUCGAGACGAAAUAAAAAACAAUUUAAGAUCCUCUCAUUUUGAUCUUGGAAAACAGAGUGUGCCAUUCGUAUCUUCGACUCAAAGUGAGUACAAAACAAAGGCAUUUCAGCCAAGAUCAGUGACGCCUGGAAGAAUCAACGAGCUUAGAAAAGAGCAUUUUCAGCUUGGAAACGACCAAGGAACAUUAGUAAGCAUUAAUAAUCUUGCAUUUUCUGCCAAAAGUGGCGGAGCCCAGCCACUUAACCAAGAAAAACUUAACGACUUGAGAUCAUCCCAUUUUGUUCUUGGAGUAACCCCUAUUAGUUACUUAACAGCUACCAAAGCAGUUCAUCAGCCACAAGAAAUGAUUCCAUCCAAGCCAGAAAAAUCCACAUCAGUCAGACAAUCCCACUUCAAGCUCGGAGAAGAUACUCCAUCAUACCAUACAAAUUAUGCUAUAAAUCAUUCACAUACAACCAGAGAUGCUACAACAGGACCUGAAAGGAGUCAGAGUGCUGAUAGAAACUCCAAUAUCAUUUUAGGAACAGUUAACGCAAAUGCUUAUACAACAUCAGGAGGUACUUAUAAAGGAAGAAAUGGAGAAGCUGGCAAGUUGGACCCAAAUUUGGAAAAAGAUUUGAGAGGGCAUCAUUUUCAAUUAGGAGAUAAUGGGCUGAAUUAUAAGACGAUUAAUCAGGAUUAUGGAGAGCAAAAAGGAUAUGGGACAAAGUGGGAUCCUAAUAGAGUAAAAGAUAUGAGAAGCGCACAUUGGGCCAUGGGGUCUCAUCCAAAACAAUUUUUGCCAGUUUCUAAAGCAGAUUUUUCAGCAAAAGAAACUUCAGUGGAGAGAGCUAGUAUGGAAGCGCAGCUGAGAAGGUCUCAUUUUGAGUUGGGAGAAGGGAGAGGAGAAUGGAAUACUUCAAACCAAGCAAGCUAUAAGUGGGUUCAACCUGUUGCUGAUACAAGCUAUAGAUUUGCGAUACAGACUGAUUCAUAA